GCAAAACGUCCUACCGCUACGGCAUUAUUAUGUAGAAUGCAGCUGCAGCAGCAGCAGCAGCAGCGAUACAACAGAAUUGAGUAUUUGGUGACGAUUCUGUGGUGUUGUCUGCUACCACCAUCCAUGCGUGUGUUUAGUCAUAAUCGCUUUUCGUUCAUUCUUUAUUUCAUGCUAAUACGUGUUCUACUACUACUACUGUUGCUGCUGGUGCUGGUGCUGGUGCUGCUGCUACCUCCGCUGCAUGCGCAUUGCACUGCACCUUAUCGGCUCGGUAGAUGGUAGACGGUGUGACCUUAAAUAGCAGUAGUGCAGCUACACAUUCAUAACUUCAGUGUUUACGGUGGUUGCCCAUAGGACGCGUCAUUCAUUUAUCUGGUUGGCGUAUCAUCUGACACCUGCUGUAACGAUCAAGACAUGAGUGCGUUGAACAAAUCGGCUGGCCUAACGGAGAAUGGAGGGUUACAUAAUGACCGCGUGGCAAUACUAGACGCCGGAUCACAGUACGGGAAGGUAAUCGAUCGGAAGGUGCGCGAACUCAAUGUGAAAUCAGAUAUUUUACCUCUGGAAACAUCUGCCUUAAAACUCAAAGAACUCGGCUACCGAGCAGUUGUUAUAUCCGGUGGUCCCAAUUCUGUCUACGCCGAGGAUGCGCCAAAGUAUGAUCCAGAUAUUUUUAAGUUAGGCUUACCGAUAUUAGGUAUUUGCUAUGGAAUGCAGAUUAUCAACAAAGAGUUUGAUGGAACCGUACAGAAAAAGGACAUCCGGGAGGACGGCGAGCAUACUAUAGAGGUUGAAGACAGCUGUCCAUUGUUCAACCGCUUGCAGCGUUCGCAGAAGGUUUUGCUCACUCACGGUGACAGCAUCGAUCGGGUAGGAGGCAAGCUGAAGGUGGGAGCAUAUUCCUCAAACCGCAUCGUUGCCGCGAUUUACAACGAGCAGCUUCGUAUAUACGGCGUACAGUUCCAUCCGGAGGUCGAUUUAACCGUGAACGGUAAACAGAUGCUCUCUAACUUCCUUGUGGACAUUGCGGGACUGCAACCGAACUUUACAAUGCGCAACCGGGAGGAAGAAUGCAUCGCGUACAUUAGAGAGCAUGUGGGCAACAGUAAGGUGUUGUUGUUGGUAAGCGGAGGGGUAGAUUCGACUGUGUGUGCAGCACUGCUAAGACAUGCCUUAAAACCGGAUCAAGUUAUUGCUGUCCAUAUCGAUAAUGGUUUUAUGCGUCUGAAUGAAAGCGAAAAUGUGGAAAAGUCGUUGCGUGAGCUGGGAGUAGAUUUGUACGUAAAGAAUGCAAUCUACAAGUUCAUGAAGGGUACGACCACAAUCAAACUUCCCGGUUCCUUAUACAAUCAGGACACGCAGAUGUUGUGCCAGACGAUCAGUCCGGAAGACAAGCGUAAGAUCAUCGGCGACGUGUUCGUGAAGGUGUCGAACGAGGUGUUGCGCGAGAUGAAUCUAAACGCGGACGAAGUGUACCUGGCCCAGGGAACGCUUCGGCCCGAUCUGAUCGAAUCGGCGUCCGCGUUGGUCAGCGCUAAAGCCGACACGAUUAAAACACACCACAACGAUACCGAGUUGAUACGGAAACUGCGUGAGGCGGGUCGUGUGAUCGAACCGCUGCGAGACUUUCACAAGGACGAGGUGCGGCAACUGGGCUACUCGCUCGGUCUGCCGGCGCAUUUGAUUGAGCGGCAUCCCUUCCCCGGGCCAGGAUUAGCCAUCAGAGUGCUGUGUGCCGAGGAGGCAUUCAUGAAAGACUAUUCAGAGACACAAGUCAUUGUUAAAGUGAUAGUGGAUUACAAAAAUAAGUUGGAGAAAAACCACGCUCUGCUGAAUCGCGUUUCCGGUACAACUACGAAGGAAGACCAGCAGCAGCUCUGCCGUAUUUCUAGUAACAUCAAAUUGAAUGCUACUCUACUGCCAAUAAGAAGCGUAGGCGUUCAAGGCGACAAACGAUCGUACAGCUACGCCGUGGGCCUUUCGAGCAAAGAUGUUCCGAACUGGCAGGAUAUGCUGUUCUUAGCGAAGCUAAUACCGCGUAUUCUGCACAAUGUAAAUAGAGUGUGCUACAUCUUCGGCGACGUUGUACAGUAUCCGGUGCAAGACAUUACCCACACGCUGCUAACGGAAAGUGUUGUGUGGCAGCUACGUAUGGUAGAUAACAUCGUCAAUAAGAUUCUGAUGGAGCACGAAUGUAUGCGUAAAAUCUCUCAAAUGCCUGUCAUCCUGAUACCGAUCCACUUUGAUCGGGACCCCGCGCAGAAGACCCCAUCCUGCAUGCGAUCCGUAGUGUUGCGACCGUUCGUUACAAACGAUUUCAUGACCGGUGUGCCAGCGAUUCCCGGAACCGACAGGUUACCGACAAACGUGCUACAAAAGAUGGUAGAUGAAUUAUCCAAUAUGCCGGGAAUCUCGCGAGUGAUGCUGGACCUGACGUCGAAACCACCGGGCACGACCGAAUGGGAAUGAUUCCCCUUUAUAUCAGACAUCCUCUCCUCUACUUGCACCAACUUCGCCACCAAUCUGAUAACAAAUUAGAUUACCCGAAGAAAUAUCAUCCGCAUCAUCGUUGCCAGCCUGUCAUUAGUCGUCGCAUCAUUCGCUGCCGCCGUUAUUGUGCUGGUCUCCUGCACGCGCCUAGCGCAAACCUCAUCCCUUCCUAAUUAUUGCCAGCGCCAGCCCCUGAACUGGCACCCGAAACGUUGUCUUGUUUUUUUUUAUAUUCUUCUGUUGUAUCUAUCAACUUUCUUGCUACGCUUGAUUAUUGAGGACAGUUCCCUCGUCGUCGUAGUGUCCCUUCUUCCCAUUCACCGUUUGACUUAUUGCUCAUGGACCGGAAUUGAAGCAGCGGAAAUAUGAUUAUUUGCUACAAUUUGUUUCGUAUUCGCAUGACGAAUAUCCUUUUUGUUGUUGUUCACGUUCAGUACGGAAUUGAAAGAACUGCGCCGUACUCAACGUGCGAUUUGUGCAGUGAACCGAUACAGCAAAAGAAAAUCAUUGAAAUGUAGCAUCAACCAAUCUUUCUUUCCUACGUUGCAACAGUAGUAGUUUAUGCACGUUUUUAUUGCGGUUUUUUCUUUUGGUUCUUCUUUGGUGAGUCAAUUUCCCCCCAGCUUACUUUUGCUAGGCCGGAAGCAGAGAGCAGUUGAAAACAGCUAAAACCGUGUAGUCGUACUGUAAUAACUUUACCACAAUUAUCCGCUCUCCGCUCUGAACCAAAAUUGUCAUUCGAAGGUGUAAAAGCAAAAGCAGGGCGUAUGGAGUGGACCAUUCUUCACACAGCAACGUUGAACAGAACGAGACGAGUAAUUUAAAAUCAAUCCCCGAUUUUCCGAGCAUGAAAAUCCCAACUCACCUACUGCUAAACUGACAUUUAACUCAAUCAAACAUUUAACGGAAAACAAAAUGAGAAACACACUCGGAGCAAAAGGACAGAAGCAGCAGCAGGAGCAGCAGCAACAGCAGAAGACCACGGACGGAAGAUGAUUCAGUGGUGUAGUACGAAGGAACGGAACGCAGGAGCAGAAUGUGGCGGUGGAUAUACUGGGAGUAACAUAUAACAGUUAAACAUGGAUGGACCGUUGAUCGAGCGUAGACAAUUGAUAAUCCCAAUUGUCGUACGAGCGGGGGGAAGGGCGCGCUUACGCUGCUGAAAGGUGAACAACACAGUUUCAUCAGAGAGAAAAAUAAAUAAAAGUCUGUAGUAGAUAUUUUUA